AUGUUGGAAGCAGAGUCUUUCUUAACUCGACUUCUUACAAUCAAUCCCCCAGAUCCAUCUGACCCCAUUGUUCGAAAGCUGGAUCCUCAGGAGAUACAAAGGUGGCAACAUGAUGUUAUGCCUGGCGAUCAUCCUCAGGAUCUUUCAUCCGUUCUUCAAGAAGCGUUGGCAGUUUUCGACAACCGCAUGCGCCUGACUCACCCACAUUGCUUCUCCUACAUACCAGCUUGUCCAAGCCCGGUUGCCCGUCUGGGUGAUCUCCUCACUUCCCUCUACAACGUAAAUACCGUGAGUUGGGACGUGAGCUCUGGUCCGAGCGUGGUCGAAAAGGCGAUGAUAAACUGGCUGGGCGCGCAGCUCGGACUGCCGGACACGGUUGGAGGCUGCUUUGUCUCUGGUGGCUCGAUGGCCAACAUGACAGCCAUAGUUGCAGCCCGGGAUGAGAUUCUCCAUUCCACGCAGCGAUCAAAUGCGGUCAUCUACGUUUCCGACCAGACACAUAUCUCUAUUCUCAAGGCGCUACAUAUCAUCGGCUUCAUGACGGAUCAGGUCCACAAGAUACCCACCGACGAUAAUUUCCGCAUGGACGUAGACAUACUGCGACGCGCGAUUUCUACAGACCGCCAGUCCGGUCGAGUACCUUUUCUUCUUGUUGCCAAUUGUGGGAGCACCAAUACAGGCAGCAUCGACCUUCUCCAUGCACUGGCUGAUGUCGCGCGAGAUGAAGGCCUCUGGCUACAUGUCGACGGCGCAUACGGAGCUUCUAUUGCGCUCUCAAACAAACAUCACCACCUCGUGGAUGGGAUCGGUCGCGCGGAUAGUGUUUCUUGGGAUGGACAUAAGUGGCUCUUUCAGACGUAUGGCUGUGGGAUCGUAUUCACGCGUCAAGUUGGCUCUCUCCGACGCAGCUUCGCCGUGGAUGCCGAGUACAUCAGCAGUACGUUGGCACCCCAGGGUACCACCAACUUCUACAAUCUCGGACCAGAGCUCAGUCGCCCAGCGCGGGCCAUGUCUCUUUGGCUCACGGUCAAAGCCCUUGGUCGUCAACACAUGGGUGAAAUGAUCGACAAAGGUUUCUUUCUUGCCUAUACCGCAGACUAUAACAUCCGUCAGUACAAGAACUGGAUUAUUGCGGCUCCGACGGUUGCUAGCACUGUGGUUUUUCGGUACGCACCUCUCGGGUUUGAUGAAAUUGCACUGGACACAUUGAAUAAAGCUAUUUCCCAGCGACUUUUGGCGGAGAAUAUUGCUGCUAUACUAACCACGCAAAUCCGCGGACGAACUACCCUUCGCAUGUGUACGAUGAACCCACUCGUGAAGCCGGAAACUAUCGCGGAUGUGAUACGUCGAGUUGACCAACUGGCUCAAUCCGAGGCUUCCGAGCGUCGGAAAAUAUAUCCGACAAUGGCUAAGAUGCAGUAUACCCCCUGCCAACAAUGCCCUGGUGUUGAUCUUUCGGAAGGUACUCGUCAAAUUCACCCCGUUGCACCUUUGAAAUUUUGA